AACACCUUAGCGCUGUAUUUCGGCAGGAACAGGUGAUCCUCGAGCUUCUUUUUUUCUGCUGCACGAGACAACGAUGUCCGCUGAAGGAUUGGAGAAAAAGAAGACGAUAGACUUGAGAAAGAAGCACAUUGGACCUUCUUGCAAGAUCUUCUUCAGCCAUGACCCCAUCAAGAUCGUGCAAGCCAAAGGCCAGUACAUGUAUGAUGAAAACGGACAGCGCUACUUGGAUUGCAUCAACAACGUGGCUCAUGUGGGCCACUGUCACCCAGACGUGGUGAAGGCAGGAGCUGAGCAAAUGGGCUUUCUCAACACCAACACCCGGUUCUUACAUGACAACCUGGUGCUGUAUGCUCAAAGGCUGCAGGCCACGCUGCCGGAGAAGCUCUCCGUGUGCUACUUUGUCAACUCGGGCUCUGAAGCCAACGACCUGGCCCUUCGGCUCGCAUGGCAGUACACGGGAAACAAAGAUGUCAUAACACUGGAAAACGCGUACCACGGCCACGUGUCAUCACUAAUCGACAUUAGUCCGUAUAAGUUCCACCAGCUGUCAGCCGCUGAGCAGAACCUGUUUGUCCACGUGGCUUCGAGCCCAGAUGUGUACAGAGGCAAAUACCGGGCGGACCAUCCUGACGCAGCCACAGCGUACGCGGACGAAGUCAAAGACAUAAUAGACAACGUUCAUAAAAAGGGACGUAAGAUUGCCGCUUUUAUUGCCGAGUCGCUGCAGAGUUGUGGCGGGCAGGUCAUCCCCCCGGUGGGUUACUUCCAGCAAGUGGCCGAACACGUCCAUAAGGCAGGAGGCGUUUUUAUCGCAGACGAGGUUCAGGUGGGCUUUGGCCGGGUCGGCUCUCGCUUCUGGGCCUUCCAGCUUCAGGGAGACGACUUUGUGCCCGACAUCGUCACGAUGGGGAAGCCCAUCGGCAACGGCCACCCCAUGUCGUGCGUGGUCACGACCAGGGAAGUGGCCGAGGCCUUCAUGGCAUCAGGAAUGGAGUACUUCAAUACAUUUGGCGGUAACCCCGUGUCGUGCGCGAUCGGCCUGGCCGUACUGGACGUGAUCGAGAAGGAGGACCUGCAGGGGAACGCGCUGCGCGUGGGCCAGCACCUUACCGACCUGCUGGGAAAACUAAAGGAGAGGCAUCCACUAAUUGGAGACAUUAGGGGCUGCGGUCUCUUUGUUGGCGUGGAGCUGGUGAAGGACAGAGUGAAGCUCACUCCAGCUACAGCAGAAGCCCAGGAAGUCAUUUAUAAGUUGAAGGAACAGCACAUCCUCCUAAGCGCUGACGGACCUCACCGCAACGUGCUGAAGUUCAAGCCCCCGCUGUGCUUCACCGCGCAGGACGCCGACCUGGUGGUGGAGAAGAUCGACCUCAUUCUCACAGAGCUGGAGGGAGCAUUAGGCGUGACGGGGAACAACUCCCAAAAAACAGAACGGGGAAAGGGACGGGGAAAGCUGUCGACAGAGGAGAACGGCCACGGCCCCGAAGAAGUCCAAGAACAAACCAGACAACGGAAACGUAUUAGGACAUAAAGGGGGGCGGUGUGUGUGUGGUUUUACACUGAUAAAGUAGCAGCAGAACAUCUUGACUGUUAAAAAGAGAAAAAAAUUCAUUCUGAAGGACGACAAAUUUCAUUUUCUUUUAAUGGACCGGUCAAAAGUUCUAUUGCAUCACAGUAAAUACUAUAUAUUUCACACCACAUUUUAAUUAAAAAGGAAAUGUUUUAACCUGG